AUGCGUGGAAGCACUGCCGGGCUGGCCGACACGCUCGCGAGCGGCUCGCGAGCGCACGCCGCGUUACUCGAGACCGCGGACUGCCUGUUCGCCAGUAUUGUGGUCGCGCCCGCCGUCGUCUCCUACUGGAAGUCCACAUGGAGCCUCAUGGACUUGUACGUGCUCCCAGACCAACCAGUCAGCAGCGCAGCCGCGUGCGCGAUUUUCGGCCUGUGCUGUGAUCUAUUCCUGUGCGUGUUCCAAUCCAAAUUGGGCAAAUACCUCAGGCCUGACCAUGGCCGACUUACUUAUUACGUGUUCUCGAGGGUUUAUACUUACGUGGCCGGCGUGGCCUGUGUGGGCGCAUGGCGCGGUGUAUGGAACCUAUUAAAUGAGUGCACGGGUGAUAGCGCGAGGACUUUGCUUUCCACCACUGCGGCUGCUACUUUGUCAUUGGCUGCUUUACGGGCUUUAAGGAACAUCAGCGCAGCGCCUUUUGCUGUUGCAGUGGAUGGGCCCCACGAUUACUUCGAUGUCCCGACAAUGUUUCGAACGAGCAGCCGUGAGAUGGCGCUGUACGUGCUGGACUGCAUAUUCUCCGUGGCGGUGGUCGGGUCACUCGUGGUCUUCGUUUGGCGAGGUUCCUGGGCACUACUUGACAUAUUCCUCUACCCUGACGAUCAAGUCAGGUCUGUUUGGACGUCGUUGAUCAUUGGAUACGUGAUAGUGUUGGUGACCUUCGCAAUGCAAGUUCCAAUGCGGUGGGCAGCGGCGAGGCUUCAUGGUGCUCCGCGACUCCUUCUGGUUGAUAUCUACCACCUCAUCUCCUUUGUGGCAACUGUCAAUGUUUGGCGAGGCGUGUGGGGCUUGCUGGAUGUUUAUUAUUUUCCAGAUAAACCAAAACUAAGUAAUUGGUCAACGCAUAUCAUCAGUCUUACCCUACUAAUCCUGCUAAACUGUUCCAACUCUAUUCUCGUAAGAGGUGUGUACAUUGACGCAGAGGAACCAGCCGGCGACUGCGUAAUCUUCCCCUGCCAUUAUCUACGACUGUUCUUCCACAAGGAAAGAACAAAGAAGAGGCACAGGCGAGCUAUUGCAGCCGCAGCCAUGGCAACGGCGAGAAAAACUGAAGAAGCGAGCUUUCCUUUACAAAUACCGGAGGAGAAAGUUUAG